CUACUUUAGCUUUCCUAAUUAUAGCGUCAGUGGAUUGUUUAUUGACGAUAGUGAUGUUUAUAAUAACGAAACAAGUUACAACUACUAUAUUCUGUGGCCAAUUCUAAACUCUUUAUCAAAAUCAAUCCAGAAUACUAAGUUUUCAUUAGGUGAAAAGAGAUCAGACGCUGUUUCCCAGGAGCUAAAUUUGAUCUACGAUGACAAUCGACAUUUCUAUAAUGCUGAUGGUAUCAUUUCAAAUACAGAAAGUGAGAUCGAAAUAGCAAUCUUGGAAACAACAGUUCCCUUACUUUAACAAAACGAUCUAAAAGAAACUCAAGAUUAUAUCAAGGCUGGAUACGGCCUUGUCGCUAUGCUGCAUAUCAUCGGGCGAAGGUUCUACUAUGGUGAUAUGGAAAGUUUCAAAAAAAAAAAAUGGGUUCUUUUUUUGUUCAGGCAACACCAACAAAGAUCAGGAUUUGGAGAGCAUUUAUGCCGGCAAGCAAAAUUUAUGUAAUCAAUUGUAUUGGUUUAGUCAAAGUACCAACAGCAUCAAAAACGUCAGAGGAAAACUUGAGAGAGUUGAUUAAUCUAUUUUGGCGAUUUAGAAAACUAAUAAAAGAAUCAUAUCAAGCUAUUAAUGAGUUACAAGGAUCACACAUUAAUAAUAUGAAGAAAAAGUCUAGGAAGUUGGAGGGGAACGUAAAAGUCACAAGUCUGUGUGAUCACUUCAAAAUAAAUACCUUAAUUAAAUUGCCGCAGAUUUACAUCAAAAAAUCAAGUCAUUUGCAAAUCAAUAGCUCGCCAAUUAGGCCAGACAACAGUAGUAAAAUAAUUAGGGCAUACCUAUUGCUGGUUUUUCAUUAAAAUAAUAUAGUCUACUAUAUAUGCUUAAUACUUGGAAUAUUUUAUAGUUAUUUAAUUAAAAUAUACAUGUUAACUUGUAGACCAAGUAG